CGCCCCGAAAUGCAAUCAUUGCCUCGCAGCAAUCCGUCAACGAAGCAGCUUUACUCAAGCACUCCACCAUCUAACUAAGGAUAACCAAGGAUUACACACCCACGACCAUGUUCAUUCAACAAGUGAUUGUCGGCUGCCUGGCUCUAGCCACCCUGGCCCUGGCUCGUCCCCAGUACGGAUACGAGCAGCCCCUGGUCUCCGGAUCGGGAUCGCAGGACAUAUUCCUGGGAGGCGGCGGCGGAGGCAUCGGCGUGGGCUCCAGCCCCGUAGGCAUUGGCGCCAUCUCCGGAGGCAUUGCCCCACACCGCGGCGGCGACAAGUACCUGCCCCCAGCCAGCACCACCCAGGCCCCGAUCAUCAACAAGAAGUUCUACCUGGUGUCCGCCCCCGAGGACCACAGCAACGACGGCAAGGUGAAGCACCUGGUGCUGGGACGCCCCCAGAAGAACUACCGUGUCGUCUUCAUCAAGGCCCCAGCCGGCGAUAACGCCAACGUCAAGUACUCCGCCGAGUUCGCCCCGCAGGAGGAGAAGACCGUCAUCUACGUCUUGAGCAAGAAGGACAACGACCUGGACGCCAGCGACAUUGCCACCCCGGCCCCCACCCAGCCCAGCAAGCCCGAGGUCUUCUUCAUCAAGUACAAGACCGACGACGAGGCCAAGCAGGCCCAGCAGGAGAUCCAGGGCCAGUACGACAAGCUCGGCGGCACCAACGAGUACCAGGAGGACAACAACGCCCCCAUCACCUCCGUGAUCGGCAGCCUCGACGGCCUCAACCCCGACGGCAGCUACAACUACAGGCAGAUCGCCAACCGUCCUCCCAGUGCCCAGUACCUCCCCAGUCUCCUGAAGCACUAGAGGAUUACCACCCAUCUUGCACCUUGCACCCCCCCUGCACAAUCCUGCACCCCUCACCCAAAAAAUCCUCAAGUCCCCAAACCCCCAAACGAAACCAAGGAACUACCCAUUCUCGACCCUUGUUGUGUUGCUUAUUUUUAAGAAAUCAGCCUGUUUUUUUGUUUUUUUUUUCUGUUACAUCGAAUUGUUAAU